UUAAGUGCGCACGACUUUGCCACUCUAGUUUGCGACUUGUUUCUAUGGUGCCGUAGAGCCGUAUAGAGGUCACAUGCGGAGACACACGUCCGGUGUGCGAAGAAUUUAGGUCGGAGUUGUAGAAGCAGACGAGAGGAAGAUAAUAUCAAGGUGUCUCGUGUUAGAAGGAUUCGGAGAGAGAGACAGAUAAACUGAAUGUACCCUGUCAUUUAAGAUCUCAAGGUGUGAAGACUCAAGCCUGUGGAGAGUAGUCUCGUGAAGAAGCCAGGGCUUGAGAAGGGCCCUAAUACUUUCGACAAUCCUGAAACAGGGAUUUUGACAGCCACAAUCACACCUUGUAGAAACGGUGUUCAGAAAUGGACGGAACGUCGGGUUCAGGUAGCCAUAGUUCCAGGGCUGGACUAGGAGGCUUGUUUGGAGGCUCGGGUCCAGAAUACUCAAGCUCGGAGCUUGCAGGCGUACCUUUGACAGGAAUGAGCCCAUUGUCGCCCUACCUGAACGUGGAUCCUCGCUAUCUGGUUCAGGACAGUGAAGAAUUCAUCCUGCCUACAGGUGCUAAUAAAACAAGGGGGCGAUUUGAACUGGCUUUUUUUACUAUUGGUGGUUGCUGCAUGACAGGUGCUACAUUUGGAGCUCUAAAUGGUCUACGUCUUGGCAUAACAGAAACUCGGGAUAUGGCCUGGUCUAAGCCUCGUAAUGUUCAGAUCUUAAAUAUGGUUACACGACAGGGGGCGCUGUGGGCAAACACAUUAGGCUCUCUGGCUCUCCUUUAUAGUGUCUUUGGAGUCGUUAUUGAGAAGACUAGAGGUGCUGAGGACGACCUUAAUACGAUAGGUGCUGGCACACUGACUGGCAUGUUAUACAAGUCAACAGGUGGCCUGCGGAGUGCCAUGAGAGGAGGACUACUGGGUUUGACGCUCACUGGACUCUAUGCUGUCUACAAUAACUGGGAACAUUUAAAAACCCGUUCUUCUCGCCAGUCCCUCUGAUUAUGCUUCUGGUGACAGCCUUGUCUGUCCGACUGUAAAUGUUUUUGUUUAGGAAGAUGUGCAUAAAUAAAUUUGAAUGAACUUAA